CUGUAUUAGCUGCUUAACAAACGCAAAGCCUAAUGCCUCCUGUAUUUGAUUGUUCUCAUUGUUCUCAGGGCGCCGCGCCGUUAGUUGGUCCGAGCCCCAUCGCGGGGAAACCUUGUUGGCAGACAGCAUUAUUUGGAGCUCCGACUCAGAAAAAAAAGCCCCGCCAUUCGCAUUUACACCUCCAGCAUCCAAUAUGCCGGCUAAGCCAAAGGCCACUGCAAAGGCCGCCAACCCAGAGCCCAAAGCUACGCCGCCUGAUGCCCCCCCAGUGACUGUUGGCGAGCGGUCCAAGCAGCGCUACUACCAGACCAACCCUGUUGAGCGACGAUUUGAAGAAGUUGGCUUCCCUGGCCUGACUCCGGCGGAGAAGAAGACGUACACCCACGCGAGACUGAUCCUCCCCGUCGCAAACCGUCAGGUGUCGCUGUCGAACAAGACCGACCGCGAGUACUGGAAGCAGGUCACCAAAGAAGGCCUCCCCUGCCGACGCCUCAAGAACAACUACAAUUGGGGAACAGACAAGCACGGCCGGGACAUCAGCACCUACAGAAUCGACGAGCUCAAGAAGCGAUCUCUGAGCCAGGCUAAACUGACCGCGCUCAACGUCCUCCACCAGCAGUUUCUACUCAAGAGAGAAGCUGCUCGCAGCAAAGGCGCCAAGCUUCCCCAGGAGGAUAUCGACCAGGAAAAGCAGAGGCGGCAAGAGAUGGCGGUAUUGAAGAGGGAGCUCUAUGGGGAGAUCCCCGGACCGCUUGCCAACGACCCGGAGUGGGAUGAUGUGAUUCCCAUUCCGCAGGAAGAGUCUCAGGAUGCCUUGGCUAGGAUUGCCUAUCCCGACGAUUAUGCUGAAGCCGUCUCUUAUCUCCGUGCCGUCAUGGCAUCCGAGGAGUACUCCCCUCGCUGCCUCCGCCUCACCGAGCGUGUCAUCGCCAUGAACCCAGGCCACUACACCGUCUGGCUCUACCGCUUCAAGAUUGUAUCCGCUCUCAAGCUCUCCAUCACGGAUGAAAUCCAGUGGCUCAACGACGUCGCCCUGGACCACCUCAAGAACUACCAGAUCUGGCACCACCGCCAGCUCCUCCUCGACCACCACUACGCCAACACGCUCAGCUCCGACGCCGAGGCCGCCAAGCAGUUUGCCAAAUCAGAGACCGAUUUCAUCUCAAAGAUCCUCUCCAAGGACACCAAGAACUACCACGUCUGGUCGUACCGCCAGUACCUCAUCACAAAGCUCGACUACUGGAGCCCCUUUGAGCUCGCCACCACUCAGAGCAUGAUUGAGGAUGACCUGCGCAACAACUCGGCCUGGUCGCAUCGCUUCUUCAUUGUCUUCUCAGACCCGUCCAUUUCGACAAAGGGCAGUGCAUCUACGGAGCACGAUCCCAAGGUGCCUGACGCCAUUAUCGACAGGGAGAUUGCGUAUGCACAAGAGAAGAUUAAGCUUGCGCCUCAGAAUCAGUCUUCUUGGCUGUACCUGCGUGGAGUCUUGGCCAAAGGUGGACGAGGCUUGGAUACCGUAGGGGAGUUUGCCUCGCAGUUCUUCUCUAAUCUGGGGGCUGAAGAUGAGGAAGUCACAAGCUCGCAUGCGUUGGACCUCAUGUCGGAAGUUUACCACAAGCAGGGCGAUAUUGAAAAGGCCAAGCUGUGCCUUAAAGAACUAUCGGAGAAGUGGGACCCUGUGCGGGAGGGAUAUUGGAAGUACCGGCUGUCAGAGUUGAAAUAAGUUAGUACCUGUCACCUGGAUGCAAGUUUGACAUGGCCUUGUAUAUGAGUGAUUGAUUGUCUCUGCGGAACAAGUUCCUAUCUUCAGGGGCAAAACGUCAAGUCAUCAAAUGCGUUAAAUCUAUUGUAUCUAGAACUAUGAUUAGAAACGAUUUUUGUUAAAACAUAUUAUAUCAUACAGCG